AAUAAUAUAUUGUGGAACCUUCAGAUCACAAGAGGGCAGCAGACACCGGACGUCUAACAGGAAAUAAUGACGUGUUUGGGGAAGUCUUUAUUGUGGCGGACCAACAUGGCCGCACUCGGUAGGGGAACAGCCUUCCUACGUUUCUUACGAAGCAAUGCGCGCAUACUGUGCAGGAGCAGCAAACCUGCAGGACACAAGGUGGGAAGAUGGAGAAACAUUGUAUGCACAAGUGCCACAUCUCUAGUUGUGGGCGGUGGCCUUUUGUGCGCCGUACCUUUCACUCAGGUUCAAAGUCUCUCUCACGAAUCUCUGAUCAGAAGAGCAGCCUCUUUGGUUACGGACAGUUCCAGCACAUUCCUGUCUCAGACCACUUUAGCACUCAUAGAUGCCAUCACAGAGUAUUCAAAGGCUGUGCAUACACUCAUAGCACUCCAAAAACGCUACCUGGCCUCACUGGGAAAACUGAGCCAAGCGGAGGAAGACUCCAUCUGGCAGGUGAUGCUUGGCCAGCGAGCAGAGGUCAAUGACAGACAAGAGGAAUGCAAGCGUUUCGAGUCAGUCUGGGUCAGCGCCCUCAAGUUGUGUGAAACGGCAGCCGAGGCAGCGUACGCUUCAGGGGCUGAGCAUGCAUCCGUCACCAUGCAGAACAACAUCCAGCUGGCCCGCUCUCAAGUUGAGGAGGUAGAGAGAGUCUCAAAAGACGCAGAUAAGAAGUUGGCGGAGGCAAAGGUGCUGGAGGUGGAGGCCAUGACUCAGCACGCUGCUACUCUGAAAAGUAACAAUGAGGAAGACAUACCCGAGGCUUACCUCAGAGAGGACUAAGGCACUACGGAGAAUCAUCGGUCUUCUCAUAAUUAUCCCCACAAAACUCCUCAUAUUUAAUUAUUGGAAACAGAAUUCCAUGUGCAGAUUUUUUGCAAAUUCAAGUGUUCUGUCUUCAGAAUUAGUUAAAGAAGCCAGCCGGUACUUCUACUACAGAGGAUGGUUAGGAGGGUGGGAGGGUGGUGCAUGGGUCUAGGAGGAUGCUCAUUCAUGUGCAGAUCCACUGAUUUUUUUCCCUCCGCCACUUAAGCUGUUGAUGGUUUCUUCCAUGUUCUUACAAGUGUACAAUCAAACCAAUUUGUGUUAACGUCUUGGCCUUGGCAAAGAGCUAUGCACUGAGUGCAAUAUUGGGGGGGGGGGGGUGACUGAGUCUGUAUUUACUGUGAUCUGAUUUUUUGUGUUUUGCAAAAAUACAAGUAAAAGCACAUUGUUUGUGUGUCCUUUUGCAUAACAGAAAGUUCACAAUAUAGUACAAGGACACACAAGUAGCAGCUUUUAGAAACUGUGCUAAAAAUGAAGCCAAAAGGGCUUCUUAGGUUUUCCAAAACAAGGUUUAAAAACAGCACAGAGCUCUGUCGUCUAAGUAUAAUACGCAACUUCUUUUUGUGAAAGAUUUGGGAACAAAAUGUUUCCUGUGGUCAGGGAAGCACAUUAUUUUCCUCAAACUGCCUCCUGGACUACAUAGACCAGCCUGUUUUAUGUAUUAUUUUCUAGAAUUGUAGAAUGAUGACGGCAGCUUGAGUGUUUCCUUUUGUUUCGCUUUACAUGUUUGUAUUUUCUAAACACGUUCACUUGACAGCCUUGCCUUUCACUACAAAUUAGCCAUGUCGUCGUCUUUGGCAGGUCUCCACUCAAGCUGGCAUCUCAUAUUCCAUCUUUCCCUUUAACCUCCACUGUGACAGAAGUAAGCAAAAAGCAGCCUUAUGCUUUUGUCCAUUAAUUGGGAAACCCAUAUAGAAUGGCAAAAU